ACCAGAGGGUCCAAUUAUGGUCAAUGGCUUGAGAUGGGUUGGCAAAUUAUCUGCCUUCUGGGAAAUUUGGGGUAGAGAUAUCUCAGGCAACCCCGCCGUCAUCGGAGAGAGACUGUGGUUCUACUGUCCGAAUACUCAGUCUCAAACCAUUAAAGUCGACCUAACAGGACUCGAAAGAAACUCCACGGAAAUUGCUAUUAAAAGCUCUGUUUUGGCCCAGGCGAUACACGGCUCACGCGCCCACCUGGCGGUCAAUCGUUGUUACGAAUUUCUUACAAAUUGGUCUGCAAAAAGACAAAAAACUUAGCAUUCAUUCAUGACUUGUGUGUUACAUUUUUUUUUUUUCCUGUCCCAGCUAUCUUGUAUGAUUAAUGAGGGAUGUGUUCAGCUUUAAUGUGUAUAGUAAUGCCCACAUUGUA